GCUAACAACUCCAUUUUAGCAACAGCAGUCGCCUGCCACUGGACAGCUCACGUUGGGAUGCGAGGGCCAUGGCAGUAAUUAGUAGUCGUACGUCGGGCUUUCAGAUGGUUUCAGAGAGCGGAUCGUCAUGUCGAGGAGGGAAAGAUUUGUCUACAUUUCAAAAGAGAACUGCUCCGGUUCGCUGAGCUGAAAAUGGGAGCGAGCGCUUCGUUAUCUCUCUGUAGCGACCCCUCUUCAGUGAGAAUCCUGAGACCGAGCGCCAAGGUCAGCCCAGAGCCCUUCAUUCCCACCCUGGUUACGGAGCCUGAAGUGGUACCCAGGUGUGUGUUUGGUGUUGCCUUGGAAACACUGAGAGACGAAGGCCAGAUGGUCUGCGGAAUACCCCUGGUGUUAAAAGACAUGGUGGAGUACCUGGAUAAGAAUGGAAUGCAGCACAGAGGUCUGUUUCGUCUGUGUGGGUCAGUGGUGCGAACCAGGCAGCUGAGGCAGCGGUGGGACUGUGGAGAGAGGGUGGACCUGAACCAUGAGGCAGAUGUCCCUACUGUAGCCUCACUCCUAAAACUUUUCUUUCGUGAACUUCCUGUCCCCAUCAUUCCUGAACCUCAGCGCAAACAGCUGGUUCUCUGCUUAACAGGAUACACAGAUGAGGAGAAGAUGAACCAAAGUCUGAGUGAAAAGCUUUGCCAAAUCCCAGAUGACAGCCUUAAUAUUUUGUCUUACCUCAUCUACUUUCUAUGUAAAGUGGCCGCUCACAGCCAGUCGAACCACAUGCCUGUGGAAAAUCUGGCAACCAUCUUUGGUCCUUGUAUAUUUCAUGUUACAGCAGGACCCAGGAUGCUGGAGGAACAGAGUGUAUGUAAUGCCCUGUUGCUCCAUCUCCUCAGGCGUGCAAAGGCUCUCCUUCCAGCUCCAUCUGAGGACUCAGUGGGCUCCUUGACUGCCUCAACCUCACCUCCUCCUCCUGCUCUCUCUGCUCUUUCACACUUUGAGGUCCGACCCAGCAGCUGUUACUCAGACCACAGCAGUGUCGGCAGGUUGGGGGGAGAGAAUGUGUCAAUGUCAUUGACCAGUGCUGCUAACCAGACAAUACGGCUGCAGUCUCGCCUCAACAGUUCUGACACACCAGCGCAGGGCUGUGAAAACAGCUCUGACGUCAGUACUGACAUUCAGAAGCUGAUUGCAGACCAGGAGGUUCUGGACGAGAACAGUGAAAGUGCGGAGGCAGGCAGUGUGCUCUCCUGCCCUACUGACCCAGGGCCAGACCAUCAACCACAGAGCAGACCAUCUCAGAGCAUCCAGGGGGAAGCAUCAGAGAUGGAGUGUACCACCCUGGGCUCCUUAUCACAGAGGUCAGAGCUCACCUCAGUAGCGAAGGAGAAAGAAAAGAAAGAAAUGGUAGCAGAUGGAAGGAUCCUUUCCUCAUCCCUCAAAGAUGAUUGUUCUGCGGCUUCUACAGACAGAGGACACAUUUCAUCUAUUUCAGAGAAUGACACACAGAGCAAAACCCAAACACUGAAACAACCCACAGAGAGAAUUUUCUUUUGCAGCCCCUCGCUCAGCUUCAAGUGUAAGACAGAAGACAAAACCACAGUGUCUGAAUGGAAGAGCCCGUCUCUUAAGCUACAAGCCCUGGACGCUGACUUGGGACCUCCCUUUGCACCAGGAGACCAUGAAGCUCAGGAUAACUUACCUGCACAGCAACAGCCUCUGUCUAAUGAAUCACAGAGCCUGCAUUUGACCCACAAGCUGCCAUUACCACCUGCUCAGGAUCAGCACACAGUCGACUCCUCAUCGCCCGCGCACACCCCAUCCCCGCAGUUGUCAGAUUCCAGUCCUGUCCUUUCCACUCAUUCAGAGGAACUUUCUGGAGAGGAUACACUGCCGAGCCCAUCGGGCCCUAACGCCAGCCCGCUCCUUUCUCGUUUUAUGACGAGUGACUGCCCAGUUCCCUCGCCACGUUGCCCCAAUCUCAGCCACAGUCAGCGCUAUAAUCUAGAUCCUGAUACAGCUCCGUCUCCACCAUGCUCACAGCACAUACGCAUGGCUCGCUGCAGUGUCCAUACAGAGCGAAACGAGGGCGCUGUGUCCAUCUCAGCUCUCAACAGGCACAUCCACACACUGAGGAAGAGGAUCAGGCAUUUUGAGGAGUGUUUUGAACAGGAGAAGCAUUAUAAGCCAGCCCACAACGACAAGACAGCGCAUCCCGAGGUGGCCAGACUGAUGAAGGAGCUCAUCAGGAGUCGCAAGCAGCUUAAAGAGUUGAAGCUGAGGCAGUCGGAAGAACUGGGACUCAAGGGACCCAAAGCUGAAACAUGCAGGAUGAACACAGACCAGCGGGAGGCAGUAAUGACAGGAACUGAGCUCCAGCAGCUUAACAACAAUGGCAACACCAAACCAAACGUGGAGGAAACGGUGAACAUUAUAACCAACAGGCUGAAGGAAAGACGGCGAGAGCUGGGCCUGCCCGACAGCAUUAAGGAAAUGUCCCAGUUCCAGCUGCAUAUGGAGAAGACCAGCAUGCAGAAGUGUUUGUUGUACUUCGAGAGUCUUCACGGACGACCAAGCACCAAGCAGGAGCGAACGUUGAUGAAACCUUUCUAUGAUCGCUACAGUCUUCUCAAGCAGCUGAUUUCUUCUUCAGCCACAGCAAACAUUACAACAAUUGAGGAAGAGGAGGGCUCUGAUGAAGAGCAUCCCAAACAGAGAAGUCCCAGGUUGCAACCACUUUGGUUAAAACCCUCUGUGUGCGCGUCCGUAGAGGAGUUGCAGUGUCUGCCUUCGCUAGAAAUACCUGAAUCGCCCCUGGUAUCUCCACUGGAAGAGGUGAAGGUUCUCCACCCGCAGAUUAUCACUAUGGCAACACUACAUGAAGCUUCCAGACCAGAAUUACUCGAUCACCUCAGGAUGGUUCGAUCAGAGAAGAGGAGAAUUCACCAAGUGCUUCAGGAGUUUGAGGACCAGUUCUAUGCACAGACUGGCAGGGCAUGUCAGAAGGAGGACCGUGGACCAAUGGCGGAGGAGUACUGCCAGUAUAAGAACCUUAAAGCGAAGCUCCGUCUACUGGAGGCCCUGCUUAGUAAACAACAGGACUCAACCAAGACAAGUUGAGUUACUCACAGUGGGACUUAUUCCUCUAACUUAACAGGACUCCCUCAUUUAAAAAAAAAAAAAAA